UUACAUAAGCAAAAUUGAUUGGCGCAGAAGAACCUUGGAAGUGACCACCGUUUGAACUUCAAGAAAAUGUGGAAAUAGCAUACCUAGGGUAAAUUCAAUGUUGUGUAGUUGUGUACCUAAGCAUAUUGCAGCUGCUAACAUCAACUAAACAAUACCCAAUUGCUUCAACAACCACACCUGGCCAUAGUCGUAUUCUAGUAAUUUAUACUAGGUAGCCAGGCACGGAAUAGCUGGGUACACAUAACAAGCUUCCGAUCCCGAUCUAGAUGGUCCUCAUUUCCGUGGAAUAUUAAUAUAGAUCUCCCUACGAUCAACCACCGCUACCACCGCCACUACACCACCACCCCGCUGAGAACAAACUCGCUAUAUUACCGAACCAUUCACUCUGCCGUAUUGGAGCUGUCGGCAAAAUGAGGCUGGAUGUAAAGCGCCAACUCUUCGCGCGCAGCGAGCGUGUUAAAGGCAUCGACUGCCAUCCUCAAGAACCAUGGAUCCUUACCACGUUAUACAGCGGCCAUGUCUACAUUUGGUCAUACGAGACGCAACAAAUCGUCAAGACUUUCGAGCUUACCGAUGUCCCUGUUAGAGCCGGUCGAUUUGUCGCCAGAAAGAACUGGAUCGUCUGCGGCUCGGACGACUUCCAGCUUAGAGUAUACAACUAUAACACCUCGGAGAAGAUCACCUCGUUCGAGGCGCAUCCCGACUACAUACGCGCCAUCGCCGUUCAUCCUACGCAACCUUUCGUCCUGACCGCCUCCGAUGACAUGACAAUCAAGUUGUGGGAUUGGGAAAAAGGAUGGAAGUGCGUGCAAGUGUUUGAGGGCCACAGCCACUACGUAAUGGGAUUAGCCAUCAACCCUAAAGAUACCAACACGUUCGCUUCCGCGUGUCUGGAUAGGACCGUCAAGAUCUGGAGCUUGGGCUCGUCCACCGCCAACUUCACACUCGAGGCCCACGAGACGAAGGGCGUGAACCAUGUCGAUUACUACCCCCACUCCGACAAGCCGUACCUCCUCACUACGUCAGAUGACAGGACGGUCAAGGUCUGGGACUACACUACCAAGAGUCUCAUCGCAAGCCUCGAGGGCCACACAAACAAUGUGUCCUUCGCCUGCUACCACCCUGAACUACCUGUCAUCAUCUCUGGUUCCGAGGACGGCACCAUCAGGAUAUGGCACGCUAACACCUACCGGUUCGAACAGUCUCUUAACUACGGAUUGGAGCGUGCGUGGUGUAUCUCCUACCAGCGUGGUAAGCAAGGCGUCGCCGUUGGAUUUGAUGACGGCGCAGUUGUGGUUAAGCUAGGACGGGAGGAGCCUGCUGUAUCUAUGGACAGCUCUGGCAAGUUAAUUUGGGCCAGGCAUAAUGAAGUAGUUUCUUCUAUCAUAAAGGGUGGUGACGCUUCGAUUAAGGACAACGAGGCAAUUACGCUUCCGACGAAGGAGCUUGGUACGUGCGAAGUUUAUCCGCAAACACUCAUCCACUCCCCCAACGGCCGUUUCGUCGCAGUCUGCGGCGACGGGGAGUACAUCAUUUACACAGCUCUCGCUUGGCGUAACAAGGCGUUCGGAUCUGCACUAGACUUUGUAUGGGCUUCCAAGGAUAAUAGCAACGAUUUCGCCAUUCGCGAGUCGGCGACGAGUGUUAAAGUUUACAAGAACUUUAUCGAGAAACCCGGUGGCUUAGACAUCCCUUUCCAGGCUGAUGGCUUGACGGGUGGCGUGCUACUAGGCGUGAAAGGUCAGGGAGGCGUCUCUUUCUUUGACUGGGCUACUGGGGGUCUAGUCAGACGAAUCGAAGUCGAACCUAAACAGGUGUAUUGGUCGGAUAGUGGAGAGCUAGUUACCUUGGCCUGCGAGGACACCUUCUACGUCCUGAGAUUUUCUCGCGAAAGCUAUAUCGAAGCAACUCAGGCUGGUCAGGUGGACGAAGAUGGAGUGGAAGCCGCUUUUGAAGUUAUCACAGACAUUGCUGAGAGCGUACGAACGGGCCAGUGGGUUGGCGAUUGUUUUAUCUAUACAAACAGCACAAACCGACUUAACUACCUGGUCGGUGAUCAAAUUUAUACUAUCUCACAUUUUGACCAGCCGACGUAUAUCCUCGGUUAUAUCCAAAGGGACUCGCGGAUAUACCUUGCGGACAAGGACGUCAACGUCACGAGUUUUGCCCUCUCUCUUCCCGUACUGGAAUACCAAACACUCGUCCUCCGCGGCGACAUGGAGACGGCUGCCGAACUGCUCCCUAGCGUACCCGCAGAUCAGCUCAACAAGAUUGCCAGAUUCCUCGAGGGCCAAGGUCACAAGGAGUUGGCGCUCGAGGUUGCCACUGAUCCAGAGCACAAGUUCGACUUAUCAUUGUCCCUAAACCAACUCGAUAUCGCUCUCGGCCUCGCGCGCGAAGCCGAGAAUGACCACAAGUGGAAGACGGUGGGCGACGCAGCUCUUGCAGGAUGGGACGUCCCGCUCGCAACCGAGUGCUUCACUCACGCGCGGGAUCUGGGAUCGCUGCUCCUAAUUUAUUCGAGCACGUCUGAUCAGGCCGGGUUGGAGGCGCUCGCGAAGCAGGCGGAAGAGUCCGGCGCCCACAAUGUCGCGUUCACUGCGAAAUGGCUGCUCGGCGAUACAUCCGGCUGCGUGGAAGUUCUCACGAAGACGAACAGGUUGGCCGAGGCAGUCCUGUUCUCGCAAACGUAUAAACCGAGUCUGACAGUCGAUGCUACGAAAGCGUGGAAGGAAAACUUGGAGAAGAACAAGAAGGGUCGCGUGGCGAAAAUGAUCGGUGUCCCGGUAGAGGACGAGGAACUGUUUCCGGAGUGGGACGAGUGGUUACGGCUCGAGAGCGAGGGCGGCGUAGCCACUGGCGAUGUAAACGGCGAAGCUGAAGAGGUGGAAGAGGCCGAAGAGGAGGAUGCCGAAUCCGAGUCCGACGAGGCCGAUGAGUAGUAUCUAUCUACCUAGGUAGUGUUACGUUAUGUUGAAAGGCCCAAUCCUAAGCUAGGCCAAGCCAUGACGAGAUGAGAUGAAGGGCUUUUUCUACGGCCGUCGCGUAGGUACUGUUAAAGGACGGGAGUUAGAGGGACGAAAUUAGCAAAAGUCGAGCCGUCGAGUUGGUCACAUCUAGCCACUUCUCCAUGGGUGCGGAGGAGUGUAUAUGUUGUAGCCGAGUAAUGAAAAUUAGGUUACAUAGAAAGUAUUCUCUAGAAGGCGGUGUAAAUACGAAGCUAUAUGCUAUAUUAGCUAUUAUCUGGUAACCCGAUGCUGUGGUGUCCAUGAGAGG